CUGGUGGUGUGGAUUACACAGUGUUGUGUUCAUGGGAGGCAGAUUACCAGCACCUUGCUGAAUGAAAGGUGGACAAGGCAGCAUUGUCUGUUCACCAUAUCCUGACAAGGUUCCUAACUGGGCACCGAUUUCCAAAAAAAAGAAAGAAGAGAAGCUGAAGUACCAUGUUGAAGAGUAGAGCCAACAAGGGGAAUGAUGCCAUUCACCUCAUCGCACCCGAUGAGUUGAAGAAUGAGUACUAUGGCAGUUUGGAAAAUGAGGAGGAUGACGCUGAGGAUGACAACUUUGUGGCAAUGCAGGAGAUCAAUGAUGAAUUCAAAGAGUUCACAGAAGACCCAAAGGAAGAAGAAAAAGUGAACUUUUUCAGUGAUGGGAAAACCAGAAUCGACUUUGUCCUCGUGUGGGAAGAGGAGCUACAGAAGCAGCCUGAGAGAGCGAGAGCUAAAAAUGCGGACGGUGCAGGUGAAACUGGUCAGGACUCGAAACUAACCACAAAACGAGAUCAGGAGACAAGGUGGAGGAAUAAAUUUCUACAUAACCUCGGGAGGAAUGGCCUGCUCAUGGAAAUGCAUGAGACACAGAAUGAGAAGCAUCAAAUCCAUUACAUCUUGCUGAAUGUUCCAUGGAAGGUGCUGUGCUAUUAUGCAGAGGACAUGAAGAUACGAGUCCCACUACAGGCAUCUGUAAACUCUCACUCCAACUGGUCAGAGGACUUACUCUCGAAGCUGGGAAUCCAUAAUGUCAUGUCGGAAGACUUUCCGAGCCCUCUGGAGUAUUUCACCUGCCCGUUCCGACUCUCCAAGUUAGAAAGGUACUUAAAUAAUAAGAAUCAGGAGGAUUUCUUCACCAACACUCAGAGGCAUCAGAUUGCUUAUGAAAUAUUAGCAAGGACUAAGUAUGGGCUUCAGCGAAAGGCUCAGAUUGGCAUCAAUAGUCUGUUGACCGCGAACGUGUUUACCGCAGCCUUUCCCCUUCAUGAUGGUCCAUACCAGGCUCAGGGUGAACAAGGUGAACAGCUCAGCCACAGGCAGGUACUGUAUGAGUAUUGGGCUCGCUGGAGCAAGUGGUACAAAUACCAGCCUCUGGACCAUAUCCGGAAUUACUUUGGAGAGAAGAUUGCCUUUUACUUCACAUGGAUAGGAUUUUACACAGGGUGGCUGUUACCAGCAGCAAUUGUAGGAACUGCAGUUUUCAUUGUUGGAAUCAGCAAGGUGCUGAGUGACAUUCCUGCAAAGGAAAUAUGCGAACACGGAGAUAAUUACAGUAUGUGCCCGCUUUGUACAACUUGUAAAGUUUGGAAACUCUCCAGCAUCUGCUCGCUCUUCAAGGUGAGCCAGCUCUUUGACAACGGGGGAACAGUCUUCUUCAGUAUCUUCAUGUCUCUCUGGGCAGUGACCUUCCUUGAGUACUGGAAGAGAAAGCGCGCUGUUAUGGCCCACAGAUGGGACUGCUUGGACUUUGAGGAAACUGAGGAACGCCCUCGGCCUGAGUUCACGGCCGUGGCUCCCAUGACGACGAGGAAUCCAAUCACGGGGUCAGAGGAGCCAUACUUCCCCGAGAAGGACAGGCUGAAGCGAAUGAUCACCAGUUCCAUGGUGAUCCUGCUCCUGGCUGCAGUGGUUGUGAUCUUCCUGAUUUCUGUCAUACUGUACCGUACCAUCAUUAGCAUCUUCAUGUAUGAGACAGGAAAUACCAUUGUUAUGGCAACUGCUCCAAGAAUUGCCAGUAUAACAGGAUCUGUGGUCAACCUCCUGGUCAUCCUCCUGUUGGCCCGAGUGUAUACCUCACUGGCUCAUCUCCUCACGAGAUGGGAAAUGCAUAGGACCCAGUCCAAAUAUGAAGAUGCCUUUACCUUCAAGGUGUUUGUCUUCCAGUUCAUCAACUUCUACUCCUCACCGAUCUACAUUGCUUUCUUCAAAGGCCGGUUUGUCGGUUAUCCUGGACACUAUGGCUCGCUGCUUGGAGUCAGAAACGAGUCUUGUGGCGCUGGUGGCUGCCUUAUUGAAUUAGCUCAGGAACUGCUAAUCAUCAUGGUUGGAAAGCAAAUCAUCAACAAUACACAGGAAUUUGUCAUCCCGAAGUUGAAAUAUUGGUGGCAGAAGCGGAAACUGAAGGGUGCAGCGAAAGAGAAGUCCAUUCCAGUCCAAAAGCCCUGGGAGAGGGAUUAUGAACAAUUGGUCUAUGAGGGACUCUUUGAUGAGUAUCUUGAGAUGGUCCUGCAGUUCGGAUUCAUCACCAUCUUUGUUGCUGCCUGCCCAUUGGCUCCUUUAUUCGCCCUGCUCAAUAACUGGGUAGAAAUUCGCCUGGAUGCCAACAAGUUUGUGUCUGAGUACAGGCGGCCAGUCGUGGAGAGAGCUCAGGAGAUCGGGAUCUGGUUCAACAUUCUGGAAACCAUCACCAUGUUCGCUAUAUUAAGUAAUGCAUUCCUGAUCGCGUUCACCUCAGACUUUCUGCCUCGUCAAUACUACCAGUAUGUACACCAGAGUAAUCUGACUGGCUACAUCAACUUCAGCUUGGCCCAUUCACCCACCAGAUUCAACCAGCAGAACAAGACCAUGUGCAGGUACAGGGAUUUCAGGGAUCCCAGUGGUGAUUUUAGUCUGACAUACUGGAAACUGUUGGCAAUUCGUCUGGCAUUUGUCUUUAUGUUUGAGCAUUUGGUGUUCUUCAUUGCGCGGUUAAUUGACUUGCUGGUCCCGGACAUCCCUGAUUCUGUGGAAAUUAAAGUGAAGAGGGAGCGCUACUUGGCAAAGCAGGCUCUGGCUGAGAACCAGGUUUUUCUGGAACAGACUGAAAGCUCAAAUGGAUUGGUCAGCUUGAGACGAUCAGAAACCAGAGCAGCUGUAGACAAGCAAGAUCUGCCUCCAAUCCCAGAAGAUGCACCAGUUUAGCCUGAAGCCCUCAAUCACCAGCCUGCAGCUGUUCUGCAACAUUGUGGAUCCAAUCUGAGACUGUUCAGAAAUACCCACACAGCUCGCUCAAAUAAAACACAAGUGGUUGAGAGCGGGAGAUGGGGGGGACAGUAUUUUAAGCCACCACAGUAUUUUAAGGUUGGCAGGAGAGGGGAGUUGAGGCUAUAAUCAGACCAGCCAUGAUCUUAUCAAGUAGCAGAGUGGAUUGAUGGACAGAACGGCCUCCCCAGCUCCUAUUUCUUGUGAAACCUGACCCCUACCAAAUACUCACCUACUUUUGUUUAAAGCACCGUGGAUUUUUAGUGGGCCUACAAUUGGAAUGAUUAAGUGAGAUUCUCCAUUCCGGACCUUCUGACAGUGAUUUGAGUUUAACAUUUUUGUGUGGGGUUUCCUGGCAUUCCCAGGAAAGGCGGUAACUGGAAUGAUUCGGGAGGCAGGCUGAUCCCGUGGAUCGGUGCUUUUUUUUUCUAGCGCAGCUUGUGGGUCAAGACAAACCAACACAGACAUUUAGCUCUGAUAAAUCCCAGACUCCCUUCCCUCCAUCCCUCCCUCCAUCCAUCCCUCCGACUGCUGCUCAUUCCAGAUUGCCAGGGCCAAAUCCGAUAUUCCACAGUCAACGUUCCUGUCCGGGAAAGGAGGGUAAGAGAGUAAACUCUAACAAAGGUCUUAUCAGUUUCUAUUUUCCCAGGAGUUUUGAGCUUUCUCACCUACCUCAAACAUGCUUCCCCAUUCCCUCCCCAUAAAUAUUAAUGUCUGUUUAAAUAAGGAGCCGUCUUAUGAGUGCUCAAUGGGUAUUUACAGCAAAUCUGUUUCUCUGAUCUCACCAAUCUCUUGAAGGAAUCAAAGUUCUCAGGAGGCCUGUUCUAUCCUAGUAGCUGCUCUGCACAGUGUCAGCCUGACCAUAGAGCUCUGGCUGGCUAUUCAACUACAGGAGGCACAAUGUUACCCACAACCUGCCUGCCUAACUCUCCCAGUAGUUACACCAGCCUCUGGCUGGUGAUCAGGAAUUUUCAGUGAUUGUUCUGUUUCUGGCUCAGGGAAAUGUCAGUGUCAGUGUCAGUGUCUACCAGUUGGCCAAGCUGAGAUCAGAGUGCUGACUUUACCUCAGUGAGUGUCCAUGGAAAGUCACUGGACCACUGGGGCUGGUUUUCCAAGCACUCAUUGAAAUAGACAGAAAGUUACAAUAAAGAGCCAAAAUAGUCAUUCUCAAGACAUGGUUUACACUGAAAUACAAGGGUCUAUUUCAAAGUUUAUGUCAAUGCUGCACUGAACACCCACUUGUAUUAGUAACAAGGUUAUCCUGGUCACACAGAAAAGUCUCCUGGAUAAUAUAGAGCAAAUUCCAAUUGGUGCCAGACAGAAUGGAGGACUUUAAGAUCAUGUAGAGAAUGGAUGUUUAAUCAAGUGCUUCUCAACAAAAUGAUUGACAACUACAAAACCACUCACUCCUCAGAAACUCAAACUGGACUGUUGAAACUGGAAUAUUUCGAAUUUCUAUCUUCUGAGGAAAUUAUGGCACAGUUUGCUAACACACUAUCUUUUGGCAAUUGAAAUUCGAUAAGCAGAGUCAUGUAUGUUCAGUACAGAGAGUAGAGCUUCCUGUGUGGUGUGUCUUUGUCUCUGUAAACAUCACAUCUUUGUGAUAUUUUUGAGCACAGCAAAUGUGCUGACAUUCUGCUGGAUAGGUAUUUUCUAAUCAACAUGUUCUGAGAUGUUAUUACACACUACUGGAGCGGUUGGGACUUGAGCCAUGAUCCCCUGGCUACCACUGUGCUGCAUACUGUUGCAGAGGAACACAAUGACAAACUUCACAAAAAGAAAGACAUUGCAUUUGCAUGGCACCUUUCACAACCACUGGAUGUCUCAGACCCUCAGGAUGCUUUUUGGAAGUAUAGUCGUUACCAUAGAGUCCCUCCAAUGCGGAAGUAGGUCAUUCAUCGGGUUCAUGCUGACCCUCUGAAGAGCAUCCCACCCAACUCUAUCUCUAUAACCCUGCAUUAACAAUCGACUUAGCUUGCAAAUCCCUGAACACUGUGGGCAAUUUAGCAUGUCCGUUCCACCUAGUCUGCAUAUCUUUGGAUCAUGAGAGGAAACUGGAGCAACCAGCAGAAACCCAUGCAGACAUGGGGAGAAUGUGCAAGCUCCUCACGGACAGUUGCCCGAGGGUGGAUUCAAACCUGGGUCCCUGGUGCUGUGGGGCACCAUGCUGCCUUUUAUUGUAAUGUAGGAAACAUGGCAUAAUUUGCACCCAGGAAUAGCUUCCACAAACAGCAGUGUGAUAAUGACCAGUAAAUCUGCUUUGUGAUGUUAAUUGAAGCCUAGAUAUUGAAGGGCACCAGGAGAAACGUCCGUACUCUGCUUUGAAACAGUGCCAUACGGGUCUUCUACACCCACCCAGAAGACAGAUGGGGACAUCAGUUUCAAUUCCCAUGUGAGAGAUGCCACUUCUGACAGUGCAGUGCUCCCUCAGCAUAACAUGUCCUCACUUAGAGUUGGGUUUACAUUCCUGAAAAUCGCAAUUUUAAGUGGAAAGACUUUAAGUGAAGCAUUGAUUUCCAUAGCAAUCAAUGUUAAACCUACAGUUAGGUUCUGUAGGGCAUUCCUUCACAGAAAAAUAAAUCUGUACCUAUAAAUUGAAA